AUGUCAAAUGGUGAUGAUAUUUCCGGCGUCUUCGACGCGGAGUUGCAGUCCUCCGGCGGCCCGACCGUGGAGACGAGUUUCGCUCAGCAGCUUGCGACGUUGCUGCAGCAAGCGGCGUUCAGUGGAGCUGCUGGUUCGCCAAUAUUAGUUCAAUGGGUAUUAAACACCAUUGAUCCUAAGUUGCGUAGUGAAAUUCCUUACUGUGAUGAGGUAGGCUCUUUAUGGAGUCUGCUUGAGGAGCGUUAUGCUGUUUCAAAUGGAACCCGUCAGAACUCCUUUCUUCGUGAAUUGUCUUCCUGUAACCAGUUUGCAACGAUGUCCAUCUCUUCUUACUUUGGGUUUUUGGGGGGCUUGAGCUUUGAGUAUUCUACUACUCGUUCUGCUUUAUUAGCGCAUAAACCCCCACCCACGUUGAAUAUUGCUUAUCAGACACUUCGUGAAGCUGAGGAUGCCCGUAAUGCUGAUCAGAAGGUCAUCUCGCAUGAACUCUUUGCUUUAUCUUCUCGCCCUUCUAAUGUGGUUGAUAAAUCAAAGUUGGUGUGUUCUCACUAUAAGAAACUGGGACAUGAUAUUGCUGACUGUUUUGAUAAGCAUGGGUUUCCGGAGUGGUUUCUUGAGCGACAACGUAAAGGGCGAGGUGGUGAUCCCAGGCGUAGAGGCGCGAUGGUUGGAGGUGCCUCGGCUGGAGGUGCGCAGGCUGCUUCCGCGGUUCCGAGUUUCGUUGGAGGCUUUGGCACGAGUUCAGCUAGUGCGCAGGGUUUGGUGGCGCAACCCCCUUCACCCCAACAUGGUUCAUUCCAUAUUCCUGGUUUGACUCCAACUCGGUGGCAAAAUCUUCUUCGCCUAGCUGGUAACGAUAGUUCUUGCACUAAUCGUUUGAGUGGUAAGUAUCAUUUAUCUUGGAUUAUUGAUUCAGGGGCUACCUUACAUGCCACUGGGGUCCAAGACUAUUUAGUUGAUUGCUUUGUGGGGAUGGAGUGUCCCAUUUCUCUACCCGAUGGUAGCAUUGUUAUUGCUCAUAUACAGGGGUCUGUGUACUUAUCUCUUGAGAUUACUCUAAAAAAUACAGCAAUACCAGGGAAGGUGAUUGGAGCAAGUGAACGAAGGGGGGGUCUCUACUACUGGUGCAGUGUUUCGGCGUCACUUUUUGUCUGCUCAACUGAGAGUCUAGGGAUUUGGCACAGUAGGAUGGAGCAUCCUUCAGACAGUGUGUUGCAGCAUUUACCUAGUGUUAGUGUUACUCGUCGUUCUCCUAGUAGUUCUAUUCCUAUUGAGUAUUUGGGGGAAUGUGUUCUUACUACAUGCUACUUGAUAAAUAGGACUCCUUAUCGUGUUUUGGGCUUUCGUACUCCUUAUAAGGUGUUAUAUGGUACCUCUCCCACUCUAUCUAACAUGUGUGGUUACCUCUGUUAUGCCUUUGAUUUCCACUCUCGUCGUGACAAGUUUGCUAGUCGUAAGUGUGUGUUUUUGGGUUAUUCCAUUGAUAAGAAGAGGUGGAGGUUAUUAGAUUGGGAAACUAAGGAGGUUUUUGUGUCUCGUGAUGUUGUUUUCUAUGAAAAUGAGUUUCCUUUUGCCCCUGUGGAUUGUCUUGUCUCUGUUCCUCCCAUUAGUGUUGUGGUAGAGGCACCAAACCAGGUUUCGGUAGGAGAGUUCACGGUGUCUGAUGAGCCAGAGAGGGAUUUGGGUGAAGAGGCUGGUGCACAGGAUUCAGUGAAGGAGACUAAUGCGCAGGGCUCUACUGAGGAGCCUGGUUCGUCGGUUGUACAGCAAGCGAGCGAGUUUAGCGUUGAACAGUCGCAGUCAACGUCAAACAGCCAUACUGCCAUUUCUAUAGGCGUUGAGCCUAAAUCUUACAGACAUGCCUCUCGUGAUCCUGGAUGGCGCGCAGCCAUACAAAGUGAGAUACGAGCCUUGGAGGACAGUGAAACAUGGAGUUUGGAGGAUUUACCUCAAGGGAAGAAGGCAUUGGGCAGUCGCUGGGUCUACAAGAUCAAGCACAAUUAUGAUGGGUCAAUUGAGCGCUUGAAGGCACAUCUGGCCUUCCUUGCAGUUGUUGUUGUUCGGGGUUGGAACUUGCACCAGAUGGAUGUGCAUAAUGUCUUUUUCCAUGGUGAUCUGACAAAGGAAGUAUAUAUGCGCCUACCACCAGGUUUUGAGUUCGGUCAUAUCAACAAAUUGUGUCGCUUGCGUAAGUCUCUCUAUGGACUGAAACAAGCGCCUCGUUGUUGGUUUUCCAAACUGACAACUGCUUUGCUUUCUUAUGGUUUUAUUCAGUCUCGUUCGGAUUAUUCUCUAUUUUUCUUUGUGAGCAGUGAUGUUGUCUUACAUAUCUUGAUAUAUGUGGAUGACAUGAUAGUAUCAGGGAGUGAUUUGGGGACACUAGAGGCCUUCAAGAGUGCUGAGGGCAUUUCUUUGUGUCAACGGAAAUAUGUUCUAGAUAUUAUUUUCGAGUGUGGUUUUCUGGGUGCUAAGCCUGCUGGUUUCCUAUGGAGCAGAAUCAUAAGUUGGGGGAGAUCACUAUCAGACAACAUUACGGGUUGUGAGAUAUCUGAAGAAUGCCCCAGGACAGGUCUCGUGUCCUGGAAGUCCAAGAAACAACCAACUGUUGCCUUAUCUUCCAUUGAGUCUGAGUAUCAAUCUUUAGCAACUUUGAUUUAUGAGUUGAAGUGGCUACAAGGGGUCAUGGUGUUCCUUAGAGUACCUCAAUCGGGUAUGCAUGUGUACUCAAACAGCCAAUCAGCUCUUCAUAUGGCUCAAAAUCCAGUGUUUCAUGAGCAUAGAAAACACAUUGAAGUGGAUUUACAUUUCUUACGGGAUCAUAUACAGGAUGGGACUAUUGUUGCUUCCCAUGUUCCCACGACUUCUCAAUUGGCUGAUAUUCUCACUAAGCCUCUUGGGAAACAAUUAUUUGACAAUUUUAGAUCCAAGUUGGGCAUCUGCAUGAACAGUCUUUCGCCAUAUAUGGCGUCUUCUUCCUCUAUAUAUGCCGGAACUUCAUUUUGGCGGAGGAUUUGGAGGCCGGUUGGAGGAGAAUGGGCUACUGCAAACCCAGUUUGCAGUAGGGUUGGAGAUGCCCUUAGACUAUGUUAUAUUAGUUGA